GGUUGUAAGUGAAGUGACAAGGUGAUGGUAUAAAUAGGUGCUUAGAUGGAAGUUGCUAGAAGUGUAUCUUUAUUUUUCAAGAAUGGAAAGGACAAUGUUGGGCUUCAAGAUGCUGUAUCUAUGUUUUGCGUUAAUUGUCCUCCUACAUGCAUUAGUUCACGAGGCGUCUGUUGAAGCAACCUCGUAUGGGCCCUUGCGUCCACCACACUGUGGUUUUAGCAACGUUACGCAUACCAGGGUGGUUGAUGGUAAACCAGCUAAACUUGGUGCUUGGCCAUGGAUGGUUGCAUUAGGUUUUCAUAAUUAUAGACAACCAUGGAAGGAUCCGGAAUGGAACUGCGGAGGUUCCUUGAUAUCGGCUAGGCAUGUUUUGACAGCAGCACAUUGUGCAAUACACAGUAGUUUGUACGUGGUUCGUAUCGCGGAUUUAAAUCUAAAACGAGAUGACGACGGAGCGCAUCCUAUUCAAAUGGGAUUCGAGUCUAAACUAAUUCAUCCUGAUUAUAAUCACCCGAAACACCAUGAUGAUAUAGCUAUUCUUAAGUUGAAGAGAGAUGUAUCAUUUUCGGAGUACAUACGUCCCAUUUGUCUCCCCCUAGAAGAGUCCCUUCGAAAUAACAACUUCAUGGGCUAUAACCCCUUCGUUGCUGGAUGGGGAAGAUUAAGAUAUAGAGGGCCACUAAGUGAUAUAUUAAUGGAAGUACAAGUGCCAGUGGUUAGCAACGCCGUAUGCAAAAAGGCUUAUAGCGACGCCUCUGAUACAGUAAUAUGCGCCGGAUACACCGAGGGUGGAAAGGAUUCUUGUCAAGGUGACAGCGGAGGACCACUGAUGAUACCACAAAACUUCACCUAUUAUGAAAUAGGUGUUGUGUCUUAUGGUCGUGAGUGCGCUUUACCUAGAUAUCCUGGCGUUUACACUAGGGUCACGUCCUACCUCGACAGCUUUAUUCUGCCAGCGUUGAAAGUGCUUAGAUGGAAGUUGCUAGAAGUGUAUCUUUAUUUUUCAAGAAUGGAAAGGACAAUGACGGGUUUCAAGAUGCUGUUUACGUUAAUUGUGCUCCUGCAUUCAUUAAUUCACGUGCCGUCUGCUAAAGCAACCUCGUAUGGGCCUUUGCGUCCACCACACUGUGGUUUUAGCAACGUUACGCAUACCAGGGUGGUUGGUGGUAAACCAGCUAAACUUGGUGCUUGGCCAUGGAUGGUUGCAUUAGGUUAUCCUAAUUACACGCACCCAGAUGCGGGGCCAGUAUGGGAUUGCGGAGGUUCCCUCAUAUCGGCUAGACAUGUUUUGACCGCAGGGCAUUGUGCAGAUAAUGAAGAUUUGUACGUGGUUCGUAUGGCGGAUUUGAAUGUAAAACGAGAUGAUGACGGAGCGCAUCCUAUUGAAAUGGGGCUCGAAUCUAUACUAAUUCAUCCUGAUUAUAUUACCGGGCAACCCUUCCAUGAUAUCGCUAUUCUUAAAUUGGAGAGAGAUGUACCAUUUUCGGAGUACAUACAUCCCAUUUGUCUCCCCAUAGAGGCAUCCCUUGAAAAUAACAAAUUCGAGGGCUAUAAUCCCUUCGUUGCUGGUUGGGGAAGAUUAAGAUAUAGAGGACCACGAAGUGAUGUAUUAAUGGAAGUACAAGUCCCAGUGGUUAAGAACUCCGAAUGCAAGAAAGCUUAUCCUCCAUCUUGGAUCACCGACAGUGUAUUAUGCGCCGGAUAUCCUAAGGGAGGAAAGGAUUCUUGUACGGGUGACAGCGGCGGACCACUGAUAAUACCACGGCAAUUCACCUACUAUCAGAUAGGUAUUGUGUCGCAUGGUCAUGAGUGCGCUUUACCUAAAUUUCCUGGCGUUUACACUAGGGUCACGGCCUACCUGGAUACCUUUAUUCUCCCAGCAUUGAAAUAAUACAAUUAUUAAGGUUUAUAUCAUUUUCCGCGUACAAAAAAGAAAAAGUUGGACUAUACUACUGUAGAGAUAGCUGUAGAGAUAGCUCAAAUUUACAUUGUCUUUUAUGUCACGAAUUAUAGUAUUAGAAUGCGCAAAAUGUAACUUUUAAUAUUAAUUUUUCACGCUUCUCUUUAUUUGAUGAUAAUAAUAAAUCAACUUUCGGAAUGCUCCUAUAAAUUUUGCUUCUGAUGUAUCAAGGGAAUAAUUAAAUAUUUCACUUAGAACGUAUAUUUCUUGUAUGUACAUAUAAAAUUGCCGAAUAGUCUGAAACAUUGCAUAAGAUAAAGAGCUUCCGGAAAUUCGGACACAGAGAGUGUAAAAAC